CCUCGGAGUGUCCGCGCUGCUCGGAAGUUGAGCUGGAAGUUGAGCUCAGGUGUGUCUCGGUGCGAUGAGUGGACUCACAGUUCCUGCCGACUUCUCAGGACACAUGCUGGACCUGGACGAGGACGAAGACCUGGAGGUUUUCAGCAAGAAUACCUCCCUGGCAGAUGGAAGCCCCAUGCCCAACUCUCCCAGUUCCCUGGUCAACCAGUACAGACUGGAGGACGAUGACGAGGGGCAAAAGGAUGCCAACACUAAAGACAUCUUCAUCACCGUCGACAACCCGGAGAGCCAAGUGACCGCAAUCGAGACUUUCAUCAUGUACAGAGUCGUGACCAGGACCACGCGGAGUGAGUUUGACUCCAGUGAGUAUGAAGUACGCCGACGCUACCAGGACUUCCUGUGGCUACGAAGCAGGCUGGAAGACAACCACCCAACACUUAUCGUCCACCCUCUCCCGGAGAAGUUUGUUAUGAAAGGCAUGGUGGAGCGCUUCAACGAGGACUUCAUCGAGACGAGGAGGAAAGCCCUGCACCGCUUUCUCAACAAGAUCUCUGAGCACCCCAUCCUGUCCUACAGCCAGCACUUCAAAGUCUUCCUUACUGCACAGGAUCUGGCAUCUCACAAGAAACAGGGACCGGGCUUCCUGAGCAGGAUGGGAGAGACGGUGAGAGCGGUGGCCAACUCGGUACGAGGCCUGAGGAGCCGGCCAGAGGAGUUCGCUGUGAUGCAGGAGUACGUGGAGGACUUCAGUAACAAGAUGUGCUCCAUGGACAAAGUCACCCAGAGGAUCGUCAAGGAGCAGAGAGAGUACCUGGAGGAGCUGAAGCAGUACAGCCCCACCUACGCUCAGUGGGCGGAUUUAGAGGAGGAGCUUGCAGACCCGUUGAAGGGCGUGGUCAGCUGUGUGGUGCAGUGCAGUAAGGAAUCAGAAGAGCAGAUCCACCAUCUGUCUGAGGUCCUGGUCCCUGCCCUGCACGAGUAUGUCCUCUGUGCUGAGACGCUGAAGGCUGUGAUGAGACGGAGAGACAACAUCCAGGCUGAGUUUGAAGCCAAGAACGAGGCUCUGCUGUCCAGAAAAGUCGACCAGGAAGCGCUUCAAGAGGAGGUGGAUGGCCUGGCAGAUCGGAUGGAGCAGGCCAACAACACCUUGAAGGGAGACUGGUCCCGCUGGCAGCACAGCAUGAGAACUGACCUCAGAUCUGUCUUUAUUUCCACCGCAGAGAAGAAUGUGGAGUACUACGAGAAGCGUCUGGCAGUGUGGGAAUCCUUCCUCCUGUCUCAGAGAGCAGAGUCCGGAGAGCAGAGAGACCAGGAAGAUGCUGCUUAAAACAUGAUGACCCCCCCCCCCCCCCCAAAACCACAGGAACCACGCUGUGGUCAGUCCACCAAAACCUUCAAAUACACAAAGACCUGAACCACUGACACACAAGUGCUUCAAGUUCCAAACAAGCCAAAUGUCUGUCUGCUUUCUGUCUCCGUGUGUGUGGCCAAAGAUUCCAGUCUCACCAUUCCAGCGAUGAUCGCUCAUCCCUAAAACCAACACUAUGAUCCACCCGCGCACUGCGGUGGCCAAGGUUAAAAUCCUUCUCUUCCUAGUUUAUUUUUGUGCUGCGUUAUUCCUUUUUCUACAUUUGUACGUGUGCUCUGUGUCGAUGGCAGUGACACUAUAAAAGCUUUGAUAGGCGGGCAGCAGCUGUUUCAGGGAGUCCUCCUCAGUACGAAGCAUCAGCGCGAGUUCUCAUUUUACAGGAGCGAAUGAAGCCUUCAGGUGGAUAAAGGUAAACUUUACUAACAGGAGGAAUUUUAAGUGAUGCUUCAAGUUCUUCUGUUACAGAAGACGCGUCAGAGCAGAGCGUCUGUCUCUGCAUCCACAGCUUAGAGAGGUGGACAGAGGUGAGGCCGCUUCAUGAAAUCCUGCUCACUCGCAGCAGUGUUUCUAUGACAACCAAGCUGAAGUAGCUUAGCCCCCGAGGUAACACUUUCUAAUAGCUGCUGUAAUAAAUGGUACACAGAUAUUUAGUAUUUCAGGGUUUCAGUCGUUAGUUCAACAAUAACAGUAAUUAUGACUGAUUUGUAUUACAGCUGAUAACAGACAAUAAUACACAUGUUAUGUAUUUGGUGCUGGUGAUGCCCGUCUUCCUCUCCAUCCAACGAGGCAUCAAACUGACCGGAGAUCAGUGGAGUGGGAGCUGCAGGUGUUUCUGAACCUAACAAAGGGGUUUGUGUGAACGUAUUCAGCAGACGCUGAAGCAGCACCCACAGCCUCAUAACAGCCCUCAGAUGAAGACGACCUGCUAACUAUUAUGUUUCCAUCACUCACAAUCCAGAAAAGUGUCACAGCUGUGUUACAAACUCUGAAGCAUUUCUGAACCUCAUUAAUUAUCAUGUAAUUACCAGUAAAAACAAAACAAAAGUAGCUAAAGUUUGUUGAACUAAUUGACCCCCCCCCCCCCCCCCCCCCCGGGCUCUAACGUAUGUGUGACAGCAGCCGCCUGCACACAGCUGCUGUCAGUCAGUCACGUUGUGAGUGCACUUUUGUUGAACCUGCAGAUGAAAACAUUGAAGUCUGAUCAGGUACAGUGGCUGUCUGAGUUUUUAUAAAAAGGAAUGAUUGAAACUGUAAUUCAUACAACUCUGACUGCGAGUGGGUGUGGAGGAGAGAUUUCUGCCAAAGGUGCACACCAAAAAAAAAGAAUCCCAUCUCAUUAAAGCUCACGUGAUGAAUCAGCUUCAUGUGAUGACUCUGCUGACCUGCCGUUAAAUAUCUCCCACAGAGGCCUUAAAGCUUUAUCUGCUGCUCUGAGAUCAGUCCUUUAGAGUUUACACGUCUGCACGAGCUGCAGUGCUGUUCCUGCUGUGGGACUAACUGCUUUACACUGAGGCUCUGCUGUCAUUGUGGUUAUUAAUAUGUAAUAAAAAUGAUUUGACCUGGUAAUAAAGACUGAUCUGUGCAUUUGUGGUUCUUUUUAGACUAAACCAAGAACAGGCAACACGUUUUCUCAGGUUUAAAAUGACUCACAAACAUCAGUGUGACACACACACACACACACACACACACAACCUCAACUGCUUAUU